AUGACGCAGAACCCCUAUCAAACCAUGGACGCAAGUCAGAUUUGCACAUUACCUCUUUUCGCAGCAUCACUUAUCGAUGCUCAUCCCACUCUCGUCAGCCAUCGCCGGCGGCCCGUCCACAUGAUGAGCCUGCAGACGACAAACCAAAGCGGAGAGACGAACGAACCCUUCCCCAUCCUCCUUCCCGCGCGGCGCGGACGGGAGGUCUCAACCGAGCCUUGCUACGACACUGCGUAA